AUGAGCUCCUUCACCUCAUUCCGAAAGAAGAAUACCACCGAUAAUACCGAUAAUACCACCACCAACAACCAUAAUCCACCUCCAGGAACCCGCACCUAUGCAUCCAGCGUCCCAGGACUAAUGACAUCUUGUGGAAUGCCUGCCUUGGAUUCACUACUAGGGCCUGGAGGCAUCCCAUUGGGCACUCUCACCAUCAUCAAAGAAGAUAGACUAACGGGUUAUGCUAAGCUAUUGCUGGAUUAUGUUAUUGCUCAGGGUCUGAGCUGUGGACAUGCUGUUUGUCAUGUUGCUGCUUCGUCGACAAGCAAUGGCAUUACUGGUCUUAGUACUAGUAAUAGUGAUAUUGGGGUGAAUCAUGUUAUGGGAGUAGCUGAGAACAGGCAUAUUGACGAUAAUGAUGAGAAUGAUGAUGUUGUGAAUCAACAGCAGGCUGAUCAAAGUAUUGGAGGUAAUGAUGCUGCAGCCUCUACUGCAGCGGCAACUGCUGAAAGAAUGAAGAUUGGUUGGAGAUAUGAGAGUAUGCCAAAGGUGGACUCGUCACCAUCACAACCUACAUUCACUCCAGGCUCCUCUGGAAUACCAUAUCAGCGUGUCUUUGAUCUGACAAAGACAUACUCGCCAACAGUCAUCCAAGAAAUGACGAGUGAUGGUCGUAUCGUACUGAUUGAUGCCAAAGAGUUUGUAAAGACAUCCUAUGAUGCUCUCUUUGAAGAGAUUAGUCGUGUCGUGGACGCUUACAAAAAAUCUACACAGCCAAAUGUGCUAAGACUAGUUAUUCGAUCUUUGGCUUCACCACUGUGGUAUUCUGGUGAUGAGGACUAUCCCACAGUCUUGUAUCGCUUCCUCAUCAAACUUAAAUCACUUUUGAGACCUUUACAUGCCAUAUGCUUUAUAUCUAUACCAGCCCACUUGUAUGGUGACUCGCUCACAUCACCCAGUUCAUUCAUUCGGCGAUUGGAAUGGGCGGCUGAUGCCGUAUUGGAAGUAGAGUCAUUCGCAGGGAGCGCAAGGUCCCUACCUCCAAUAAUCACAUCAACAUACCACGGACUAGUCCAUCCUCAUAAACAAUUAACAUACCAUCCAGACUCGAAACUAUCUACCUUUGCAUUCAAAUGUCGACGACGCAAGUUUGAUAUCUCUAUAUUCUACAUCCCACCUGAAGAAGGUGGAACGGAUCGACCAGAGGAAGUCGCUUCUGCCAGUAGUAGUGGUACAAUGAAACAAAAGAAAAUGAAGAAGAAAUUUGAUGUUGAGGAUGAUGGUGGACGUGAUACUCUUGCAACGGGAUCAAAAUCUGUGCGAUUUGCUGGCAAGAUUGAUUUCUAA